GCAAUCCUCCUCACCAACAUCAACAAAUCCACCCACUGUUCGAGGUGGUGGCAAGCUUCCACGUCAACGAGGUCUCCCACUGGAAGCCCAAGAUGGUGUUUAAACACCUGGUACAGCUCCUACUGAGCUCUACACUGACAGCUGGCUCAGCCGCCGCCAGCUUAGACCUCCAACAACCUCUCGCCCCACACCAUGACGUCCUGACGGUGCCAUCGUACCGGGCUGACCUGCUGAUCCUGCACAAGCACCUCGUUGAGAUCCCCUCCACCUCUGGUCUCGAGCACAACGCUGGAGCAUUCCUGGUCGACUAUUUUACCUCCAAGUCAUGGAGCUAUGAGGUGCAGCCUGUGCCGCCGAGGCCCAACACGCCUUCAGACGAGGAGCGCUUCAACAUCAUUGCAUGGCCCCCCUCGGAGCGCUCGAGCACGGGGCCGAAACCCAAGGUCCUCGUCACGAGCCACAUCGACUGCGUGCCGCCUCACAUACCGUACUCCAUUGAAGAGGGCGAUGUGACAAGGUCCACCACCAUCUCGGGCCGUUGCUCCGUGGACGCCAAGGGCAGUGUUGCAGCCCAGCUCACUGCUGUCCAUGAGCUCCUCUCCUCAGGGUCCCUGGCACCCGAGGACAUCAUGGUGCUCUACGUGGUCGGCGAGGAGAUCAAUGGCGAUGGGAUGAAGGCGUUUUCUGCGUUGAACUCGUCGUCGCUGAACAUCCGGGCCGCCGUGUUCGGUGAGCCGACCGAGAACAAGCUUGCAUGCGGGCACAAGGGCGCGUUGCGCUGUGAUGUGACGGCGCGGGGCAAGGCGGCGCACAGUGGAUACCCGUGGCAGGGCAAGAGCGCCAACGAGGUGUUGAUGAGGGCUAUGGUCAAAGUUCUCGACGCCGACCUGGGGAGCAGUGAGCGGUAUGGCAAUACCACUGUCAAUGUCGGCAUGAUGGAGGGCGGGGUUGCGCUGAAUGUGAUCCCGGCGCAUGCGCAGGCCAAUUUGAUGUGCCGCAUUGCGGUCGAGCCACAGCAGACUGGACACGAGAUUGUGGUGCAGAGGAUCAGCGAGAUAUUGAAGGAUGUGGAUGACGAGGCGUUGAGUCUCGACUGUCCCGUGGGCCAGGGAGUUACGCCCUGCGACUGUGACGUUGAAGGGUUCGACACCUUGGUCGCCAAUUACGGGACAGAUAUCCCAUACCUUGAGGGCGACCAUACCCGAUAUCUUUACGGGCCUGGAACCAUCCUUGUGGCUCAUGGUGACGACGAAGCGCUGACGGUUGGCGACCUGGAGACGGCCGUCGAAGGAUACAAGAAGCUCAUUCUACACAGUCUGGAGAUUUGA